AUGGCGAUUGUUCCAAGCUCGUUGCGUGUGGCUAUGCGCGCAAAUGCUCCUCGCAUGCUGGGAGCUGCUACUUUCUCGACAUCUAUCUCGUCGGCAAUGGCGUCACCAGCUGCUGAGCGCCCCUCAAAGAUGAAAGCGUUCAAGAUUUACCGCUGGGACCCAGAAAACCCAGCGCAAAAGCCGCACAUGAAAACCUACAACAUCGACUUGAACCAGACCGGACCUAUGGUUCUUGAUGCGCUUUUGAAGAUCAAGAACGAACAAGACUCGACCCUGGCUUUCCGUCGCUCGUGCCGUGAGGGUAUUUGCGGAAGCUGUGCGAUGAACAUUGAUGGUGUGAACACGCUCGCUUGUCUGUGCCGCAUCGAUCGCGAUGCGAGUCAGAGCAACAUUUACCCUCUCCCACACACUCACGUUGUCAAGGACCUGAUUCCUGAUCUCACACAGUUCUACAAGCAAUACCGCAGUAUUGAGCCAUACUUGAAGCCUGCCGGCCCUCCACCGGGUGGUCGCGAGUAUCUGCAGAGCCCAGAAGAGCGCCGCCAUCUCGAUGGUUUGUACGAGUGCAUUCUCUGUGCUUGCUGUGCAACGGCAUGCCCAUCGUACUGGUGGAAUGGUGAUGCGUACCUUGGCCCUGCCGUCCUCAUGCAGGCUUACCGCUGGAUGGCUGACUCGCGUGACGCGCAUGGUGCCGAGCGUCGUGAGCGUCUGGAGAACACGUUCUCGCUCUACCGUUGCCACACGAUUUUCAACUGCACUCGCACAUGCCCUAAGGGCUUGAACCCGGCGCGUGCGAUUGCACAAAUCAAGAAAGAUAUGGCGAUGGGUGCACCAGCCGAUGUUGAUCGCCCUCUCCAGGCUCCAUAG